CGGGCCAUUUUCUUAGUGGGUCCCUACCUUCUUCUCAAAAUUAGGCGGAGAAUCCGAUGGUCCCUGAAACCCCACUCUCUUUCGCAUCACCGUCGACUUUUUGAAUCCGCAAUUCCCAACAAAGAUCCCCUUCCGCAUCUCAUUAUCGUCACCAUUUGCACCAUACUAAAACACAAACAAACAAAAUUAUAAAAAAAAAAAAAAAACUUGUACAAAGACAGAGACUCGGCAUAAUCGAUUCGCCAAUGUUCUCCAAAUUCUUCCAAAAACAUGCCGCGUCGCCACAUUGUCCAACAUCUAAGAGUAAUGUUUCGAAAGGAAGCUUGACGUCAGCUGAUUUGAAUCCGCGUCUGACCGUACACUAUGGAAUUCCGGCAACUGCCUCAAUUCUGACUUGUGAUCUGAUUCAACGCCUCGUGGCAGUUGGAACAUUGGAUGGGAGGAUUAAAGUGAUUGGUGGCGAAAAUGUAGAAGCUCUUCUAGUAUCUCCUAAGCAGUUACCUUUCAAACACUUGGAGUUUCUACAAAAUCAAGGUUUUCUUGUUAGCAUGUCAAACGAAAAUGAGAUUCAGGUGUGGGAUUUGGAACAAAGGCAAAUAGUUUCCAUUAUACGGUGGGAGUCCAAUAUAACUGCUUUCAAAGUCAUUCAUGAUACCAGCUACAUGUAUCUCGGAGAUGAGCAUGGAAUGGUGUCUGUUGUAAAGUAUGAUGCUGAACGACGCAAGCUUGCCCAACUGCCCUAUUAUGUUCCCACUAAUGUUAUAGCUGAAGUGGCUGGGAUUUCAUCACCUAAUCAUCCUUCUGUAGUCGGAGUUCUCCCCCAACCUUGUUCUCAGGGAAACAGAGUACUAAUUGCUUAUGAGAAUGGGUUGCUUGUCAUCUGGGAUGUUUCUGAAGAUCGAGUUGUUCUAGUUAGAGGCAAUAAGGAUCUCCAAUUGCAAGGCAGAACAGCAUCUGGUUCCGCAAAAGAGAAAAAACUUGAGGUUUCUGAUUGCACAGCAGACAAUGAUGAAGUGGAGAAACAGAUAAGCUCUCUUUGUUGGGCAUCCAAUGAUGGGUCAAUUCUUGCAGUUGGUUAUGUAGAUGGGGAUAUCAUGUUUUGGAAUUUAUCAACUGCUAUCCCUAAAAAGAAUCAGCAAGCUGAAAAAUCACCCAAUAAUGUUGUUAAACUACAAUUAUCAUUAGGGGAGAAAAGGCUUCCCGUCAUUGUUUUGCAUUGGUCCGCAAAUCAAUCCCACAGUGAUCGUGGUUGCAAGCUCUUUGUAUGUGGAGGUGAUAAAAUUGGACCAGAUGAAGUUCUGACGAUCUUGAGCCUUGAAUGGUCUUCUGGAAUAGAAAGUCUGAAAUGUAUCAACCGUGUAGACCUUAUACUUAAUGGCUCAUUUGUGGAUAUGGUUUUGUUACCAACUAUGGGGGAGAUGGAGAGUGGUGGCAAUUUGCUAUUUGUGUUGUCAAACCCAGGGCAGUUGCAUGUUUAUGAUGAUGUAUGCUUGGCCACCUUCAUGUCUCAGAAAGAGAAAAAGCCUUGUGUUUCUUCAGGACAGUAUGUUAUGCCGAUACCAACUGUUGCUCCAUGCAUGACUGUAAGUAAGCUUGGUUUAGUUGACAGAGAUGGGGAAUUUUCGAAGGCUCUUUCCAAGAUAGUAUCAACUGCAAAGCUUAAAGCACCACAUACUCCAACUACACCGACUAGAAAGUGGGCUUUGACUGGUGGUAUUCCUAGCCUUCUUUCUGAAGCUGCAGAUUAUCAAGUUGAAAGAGUAUAUGUGACAGGUUACCAGGAUGGAUCUGUUCGAAUAUGGGAUGCUACCUAUCCAGCUCCUUUGCUUAUCUUUGUUUUAGGAACUGAGAUAAAUGGACAGGUGCCAGGUAUUGACAUUGCGGGUACAAAUGCAUCAGUAUCAGCAUUGGAUAUUUGCUCCUUCACUCACAGUGUAGCCAUUGGCAAUGAAUGUGGUAUGGUUCGUCUAUACAAACUAACGGGAACUUAUGAUGGAAUGAGUUUGAACAUUGUGAAGGAAACUGAGAAAGAAGUCCAUAGCUUGCCCCAAGCAGAUGGAUCUCGAUGCAUUGCUGUUUUUUCACUCUUCAGUUCUCCUGUAUGUGUGCUACAGUUUGCAAAAUUUGGUACAAGACUUGCAGUGGGAUUUAAGUGUGGCAGGGUUGCAAUGCUUGAUGUUAGUACAUUUUCAGUGUUGUUCAUUACAGACAGUCUAUCACACUCAAAUUGCCCUGUCAGUUCUUUUGCUAUGAAAUCAUUUGCAGACACUGAUACCUUAGUAAACAGUCCAAAAGAUUCUACAUACACUAUUCUGAAUGAUGACAAAAAGUGGUUAGCAUUCAUAAUGACCAAGGAUGCAUACCUAGCUGUCUUAGAUGGCACAACUGGCCAUGUGGUUAGCUCUCAGUCAAUACCUCUGAAAACGGAGUCAAGUGCCAUCUCUAUGUACAUUUUAGAGGGAGGCAAUAUAGUCUCUGCAGUGUCAUCGGUGAUCAGCGAAACUAAAUAUGAACCCACACAUUCUAGUACCCACCAUGGAAGUGCUUCAGUGGAAGCUAAAUCUGAUAUUUCUGCUGAAGUGGCAUAUUUUGGGGAGAGAUCAAAUGGUUCACUUAUAUUACUUUGUUUUGAGGAUGCACUGCAUUUAUGUCCUUUGAAGUCAGUGAUUCAGGGGAAAACUGACUCCAUCUGGGCUGUUAAUCUUUCAAAACAAUGUUGUUGGACUUCAACCUUCAAGACAGAUGACAAAGAGUGUGGGUUGGUUCUGCUUUAUAGGACUGGGAUCCUUGAAAUAAGGUCUUUGACAACUCUUGAAUUGGUGGGAGAAAGUUCUUUGGUGACUUUUCUUAGAUGGAACUUCAAAACGAACAUGGAAAAGAUGAUAUGUUCUUCAAAUAGAGGGCAAAUUAUAAUGAUACAUGGGUGUGAAUUUGCUGCUAUAUCUCUUCUGGCCCUUGAGAAUGACUUCAGGAUUCCGGAUUCUUUGCCUUGCAUUCAUGAUACAGUCCUUGCAGCUGCUUUUGAUGCAACUGUUAGUUUAUCUCCAAGUCAGAAUAAAAGUCAGGAUACUGCCCCUGGGAUUUUAGGUGGUAUUUUUAAGGGCUUAAAAGUAGGUAAGCUGGAUCAAAAUGUGCAUAUUCUGGAAGCUUGCAAGAGCGAUUUCUCGCAUUUGGAAAGCAUAUUUUCUACUCCCCCAUUCUUAAAGCCUUCCAUGGCCUGCACAGAUGGGCAAGAAGUUAUCAAUCUUAACAUAGAUGAUAUCCAAAUUGACGAAUCUGUAACCAUCUCAUCUCUAUCAUCUGAGAAAAUCAAGAAUGAUGGGAAAGAGAAAGGAACAGAGAGAGAAAGAUUGUUUGAGGGUGCCUGUCCUGAUGCAAAACCAAGGCUCAGAACACCUGAGGAAAUCAGGGCUAAGUAUAAAGGGGCUGAGAAUGCUGCGGCCGCAGCUGCACGCGCAAGGGACAGGCUUGUACAGCGGCAGGAAAAACUUGAGAGGAUCAACGAACGUACUCAAGAGCUACAAAGUGGGGCUGAGAACUUUGCUUCGAUGGCAAAAGAACUUGCCAACAGAAUGGAAAAGAGAAAGUGGUGGAACAUAUGAACUUGGACGGUUAGCAACCAACAUUGAGCAUUCUGCUAAGGUAGUUGUGAUUAUCAUAAUCAAGUUCGUAUGGUUUGAAAUUAUAGUUAUUAAAGGAUAUAAAAUACCAAAAUCCUCAAUGUAGAAACAUUCGCAUUUUACUGACACGAGAAUAUUACUUGUUAUGUCCACAUUUAUGCUUCAUUUGGGGGAGCGGUGGAAAGCGAAAGGAUUCCCACCGGCCAUCCAAAUGAAGCAUUGACCAAUAAGAGAUGCAUAAUUUUUACUCAGAAGGUUGAGUUCGAAUCCUUUCUUUGAAGCAAGAGAAUUGCUUUUUGACCCUGCUUCUUGAAGAUGACAAAGUGCUUGUCAUAAUCGUUUCCACGUUUUUUUUCUUCUCUAAUCACCAAUUUAUUCUAAUUGGGAAGAACAAUGACAUCAUUUCCACGUUUUCCUUCUUCAAUUAU